UGAACCUGUCAGUGAAGGCCAAGAACGGUAUUCUGUGCAUCAUAGUAGCUAGGCAAGUGAUAAAGAAAGGACAAUUGACAUCGAAUCUUUAAAUCAAGCAGAAUAUAGCUUUUUUGUCAAGUAGUGAAUCAAACAUUCCCCAUUGGAUUGAACCCGGAAGAACAUUUCAAUCUGUUAUCCUGGAUAAUUGUGUUACUUUAUGUGAAUAUGACCUGCCGAAAAAAAUAGAGACUCUUCAAAAAAAACGUUUCUCUGUCGCGUGUAUUGUUCCCUUCAACUCUCCGGUAUUGGAAACAUCCUGUUCUUAUCAUCCCGGAGCGGAAGUAACAACUUAAAAUGGAUUGGGACAUCGUUGACAUCUUUAAUUUCCACCCGGAGAACCAGGAGCUAGACAUUGGCAUUAAAUCAAUCCUGCUGAGGGAAUCGAGCUUCAUCACAACACUUCCACAUGCUGAGGACGAAUCUUCAGAAUGCCACAACACACCAAUGAUCCAUUCAUCUUCAUCCUGGAAGCCUUCUAAAUGCAUCUUUAAUUUCCACCCGGAGAACCAGGAGCUAGACAUUGGCAUUCAAUCAAUCCUGCUGAGGGAAUCGUGCUUCAUCACAACACUUCCACAGACUGAGGACGAAUCUUCAGAAUGCCACAACACACCAAUGAUCCAUUGGUCUUCAUCCUGGAAGCCUUCUAAAUGCAUAUCUCCAGCGUUGGAGCUUCGUGAUUCCCACCAGUUAUCCGACACAAUGUCCUGUUUAGAGCAGAUGGAAGUACCAAGCGACAUGUUCGAGGAACCCAACGACAUCUUGCACAAGGAUGACGUUUCCAUUUCACCUCCAGACAUGUGCUUCAGGGAUUCUAGUCUACGUGACAAACAACUCCACACUGACAACAACCUCCAGCCUGGGGACGAAAGGCCUUUCCAGUGUGCCAUCUGUCCCAAGGCGUUCCGACUUUCCUCCACACUGUCCGCACACAAGAAGCUGCACGACCAAAGAGGACCCAGUCUACGGUGUGAGACGUGUGGACGAGCCUUCACGCAACCCAGCGCUCUCUCCAGCCAUCGACUGUUGCAUCGGUCGGAUCGGCCACACAGCUGCAGUCUCUGUGACAAGCAGUUCGUUCGGCUGCAUGCCCUCAAGACACAUGUGCUUAGUCACGCGAACGAACGACCCUAUGAGUGUGAUCAGUGUGGAAAAGCUUUUACCGAAAAGCACGUGCUCGUACGCCAUCGCAAGACGCACAGUAACGAGCGGCCCCAUGAGUGUGCCGUUUGCUCGAAGGCCUUCAAGGAGCGGUAUGACCUGCUGCGCCACACGCUCAUUCACAGUGGACUGCGGCCGCACAAGUGUCCCGAUUGCUCCAAAACCUUCGUCCAAUCCAAUGCACUGUUUAAGCAUCGAAAGUGUCACGAACGGGAACGCACCGCUGGCCAUCAUCCGUUGAACGCAGCUUCCUUUGCUGUAACUAGGGCCGAAACUACUUGUUGCUAAGUGAAACAGUGACGGAGCGAGAGAAGCAACAAGUGUUAAUGUUGAUUUGCAGAGUGUAAAUCGAAACGUGUUUGAGCAAAUGUUAUUGUGAGUGUCUUUGGAACGACAUUCAGAGGAAGAGUGCAAUUAAAUAAAGUGUGUAUAUAUUCACAGA